UCGACAUUCGUAAAAAGAAAUUCGUUUCGUUCGGUAGUGUGUAAAGUGAAGAAAAAAAUAUUUUUGUUUGGAAAAUAUCACAAAGCCAAGAAUAUAUUAAAUUAAAUAUUCAUUCCAAAUAUUAAUAACUAAAAAAGCAUUUCAUAAAUUCAAUAAAUAUGGCUGGUGGUAAAGCUGGUAAAGAUUCAGGAAAAGCAAAAGCCAAAGCAGUUUCACGCUCUGCCAGAGCUGGUCUUCAGUUUCCUGUGGGUCGUAUCCAUCGUCAUUUAAAAAGUCGCACUACCUCCCAUGGUCGUGUAGGUGCUACCGCUGCCGUUUAUUCUGCUGCUAUUUUGGAAUACCUCACUGCUGAAGUACUUGAAUUAGCUGGUAAUGCUUCCAAAGAUUUAAAAGUCAAACGUAUCACACCCCGUCAUUUACAAUUAGCUAUACGUGGUGACGAAGAAUUGGAUAGUCUUAUUAAGGCCACUAUUGCCGGUGGUGGUGUCAUUCCACACAUUCACAAAUCUCUGAUUGGCAAGAAAGAAGACAACGUACAAGACCCGCAAAGAAAAAAUACUGUCAUUCUUUCGCAAGGGUAUUAAUUUUAAUAAAUUUAAUAUACAUUUUUUUUUAAUUUCUAAUAAUAAUUAUAUAAAUCAUAAACAUAAAAUAAUAAAUUUUAUAAAAUAUUUUUUUUCAUUAUAUUUUUAAAACGACUACACAACACAAUAUAAUAUAACCGUUUAUAAUUAAUGAUUUUCGUAAA